AAAAAUCAAAGUCAAUAAGGAAAAGCUCUGCCCCAUUCUCGGUUACUGCUUCCAUUUUUCCUCUUCUAUUUUUGCUAUUUCUUUGCCCUCCGCGUGGACUUACCCCAACUCAACUACAACGGUUACACAAAACUCCAUUGAUUCCUUCUUCAUUACACCCUUUCCCUCUUUUUGGUCUUCUUCUUCAUAAAACAGUGAUUGUUUCCAAGUCAUAUCUUUCCAGGACUGAAUAAUCAAUAAUUCGCCUUCUGGGGUGGUUGUCUUUUCUCGUUUUCUUCGAAAUUCCGACGACUUCUGGAUCGCUUGUGGGGGCCCUGUGGUUUUUCCCUCUUCUUGUGGGGGUUUCUGAGAAAAUUAGGAAUUUUCUCUUCUUUUGAGGUGGAUGAUUGUUGAACGGGGAAAGAAGGCGAAGUGGGAAGAAUAAAUUGUAUGGAUAACUUAUGCUGCUUCAAUUCUGUCUAUUCUCAGUUUGUAGGAGGACGUUCGUCAUGUAGCUCCGGGAAGGGCAGGGGCAAUCAAUGCCCUGCCAGGUAUGGAUUCAGCCUAGUGAAAGGUAAAGCAAAUCAUCCCAUGGAAGAUUAUCAUGUUGCUAAAUUUAUCACAGUACAUGGCCGUGAACUCGGCCUUUUUGCUAUUUAUGAUGGACAUCUGGGAGACAGCGUACCGGCCUAUCUACAAAAGCAUCUGUUUCCUAAUAUACUGAAGGAUGAGGAAUUUUGGUCGAAUCCCCGUAGCUCUAUCUUUAAGGCUUAUGAGAAAACAGACCAAGCAAUACUCUCACACAGUCCUGACUUGGGAAGAGGUGGAUCCACUGCUGUCACAGCAAUUUUGAUAAACGGCCAGAAAUUAUGGGUGGCUAAUGUUGGAGAUUCACGGGCAGUCCUUUCAAAAAAAGGGCAGGAAUUACAAAUGUCUAUUGAUCACGAACCAAACACUGAGCGAGGAAGUAUCGAGGACAGAGGUGGCUUUGUCUCUAACAUGCCAGGAGAUGUUGCAAGAGUGAAUGGGCAGCUUGCAGUUUCUCGAGCGUUUGGCGACAAGAACCUCAAAACACACUUGCGAUCUGAUCCCGACAUAAAGAAUGCUGAUAUCGACUCUGACACCGAGCUUCUUAUCCUAGCAAGUGAUGGUCUAUGGAAGGUCAUGACGAACCAAGAAGCGGUGGAUAUAGCGAGAAGGACCAAGGAUCCCCAGAGAGCAGCAAAGCAAUUAGCAACAGAGGCACUGAAAAGGGAAAGCAAAGACGACAUAUCGAUCAUCGUAGUUCGUUUCAAAGGGUAAAAAGGUCGAGUUGAGCUAAAUAUUUGUUACCAUUACUCAUGUAUUCUGGGCGUUUAAAAUCCAUGGCAUGCAACUCUAAAAUCUUUAUGCCAACCCCAGUACGAAAAAUCUAAAGAAAACGCAUAAGUUUCGAUAUCCCGAAUCUCCCUUCGCAACGGAAAAAAGGCAUCUCUGUAGUAUAUUAUGAUGUUCUGGUGAAGUUUGAUCUUCUUUUUGAUCUGUAGAUCCAUGUAUACCUUCAUUUUUCUGUAACUUUUUGUGAACUUGUGAAACAGUUUGGAACUAUAGGUUUGGCCUUUGAUCUCCUUGGAACACCUGCAUGAGAUGUAUGCGACUAUUGUAGUAGAUUGAUAAGCCUUUUGGUUGAUAUAUCCAUAUCCUUUAAAAUAAAUCAUUUCUAUGGUAAAAUUGUACUUUGAUUU